AGAGAUCAAACAGAAAAAAAUCUCGUUAAAAAGCGAGUAUAUUUGUUCUUGUUGUGCAGAGACUUUGACAUUCAACAGGGACAAACAACCGCUUCCACUUGAAAGCAUUUAGAAUUUGGACGGUGAAGUGGUAUUGAGGUCUGGGUGAGGUAUUAUGUCGACCUCUACUGUCUUUCGGACAUUGACGCUCUCGCAUCGUCGAAUACUGCCCCGAUGUCAGUGCAAGGUUGAAGUGCUCAGGUCUCUAUGGUCUCCAGACUACUCUUUCGUACGCACAUAUGCCUCGGCUGGUCCAGCACGCCGCACUGGCGAUGACAAAAUUCCCUUUCGAAUCGUCCGCCUCGUUGAUCCCGAAACGGGUAAACUGGAACCCCCAACUCGUCUAUCUGACGUUCUCGAAUCUGUGGACCUGAAGGCUUGGCGAGUGGAGUUGGUCACGGAAGAGCCGGAACCCAUCGUCAAGAUUGUGGAUAGACGCGAGUCAUACCAAAAGUGGAAGGAGCUGAAGAAGGCGGUCAGGAAGGGCGUGAAGGCAGGAGAGCAGAAGGAGAUACAAAUCACUUGGGGCGUUGAUGAUGGAGAUUUGAAGCACAAGAUCACAAAGGCACGUGCAGAACUGGAGAAGGGACACCGAGUGGAUAUAGUCAUUGCGCCGAGGAGAGGUCAGAAAUUGCCCAAGCCCGAUGGAAUGGCAGCUCGCGCAUCGGAGAUCGCGUCGAUGCUACUAGACAUUGCAAAGGAGUGGAAAACACGCGACGUGCAGAAAACCAUCACCGUCAUGUCUUUCCAGAAAAUUCCGUCAUGACAAGGAAUUGUAUAGUUCCUAGCUG